AUGUACCGUAACUGCACCUUCAAAGUCCUUACCUUUACAACUUCAACCAGCCCGACCCGCACCAUCAAUGGUACUGUGUCAGAUACACCUACCAUGCGGCAUCGUUCGCUAUCGAAGCCCGGCUGGUGUCGAGGAAAGAACAUUUCAACUUGGCCUGUGAACAAGUCACCUACCCCGUACGAGGUUAUGGAAAUGCGACCAGGCAAUCAGUACUCGAAAUCGCGGUUUUACAGCCUUGUCAAACUAUACCAUCCCGACAGUGUGGCAAGUCCGGCCAGCAACAAUUUAACAAAUGAAGAACGGCUGGAUCGAUACCGUCUGAUUGUGGAUGCCCAUCACCUUCUCUCCGAUGACACAAGACGAUCUGCCUACGAUACAUACGGCCUGGGCUGGAGUCUGAAGAGCAGUCCAAGACCCAGGAUGUCACCGUAUGAUGGACCCUUCCGUGGAGGUCAUGGUUAUUCUGGUAGUUCUGGUGAUUCUGAGGACGAAGAGAUCAUCUGGCGCCUCUUAUUUCGCAACAGAAGAUUUCAAUGUCUGCUUUUGGUGGUCCUUUCGUUUGCACAAGCGUGUCUAUUCCUAAGCUUUGUCGCUCAAGUGCAAAUGGAGACACAGCGAAUGGAUCAACUCUCCGGACAACUGUUACGUCGCCACCAGGACCGAGCUCUCAGCACAAAAUCCUUCAUGGCCCAAGCUGAACGGCUACUACUGAAAAGAGAUCCAUCUGGCCUGGGGUUAGCUCCAUUCGAGGAAGCUUUCUAUCGAGAGAUGCUUCCGUACUGUGCCUACAACGUAUACUAG